UGAUGGUCUGCGGGCAGACGUGCGGGGAGGGAGGAACGCAGCGCCGGUGCUGAGGCAGGAGGCUGGAGCUGGGACAGAUACUGAGAGGCUGAGGCUGGGAGAGGGAUAGAAGACGGAGGCAACAAGAGGGUCUGAGACAGGAGGCUGGGAGAAGGAUAAAGACUGAGAGACAGGAGGCUGAGGAGGGACAUCUCUAUGCAGCAUCAGCCGAUUCUCUGUGUACUUCCAUUGCAACAGCCCUAGAGCACCAUGGGCGGCACGGCGGUGGAGCAGGGUCCAGGGGGGGUGAAGGCUCCAGAUGGCGGGUGGGGCUGGGCGGUGCUGGUCGGCUGCUUUGUCAUCACAGGUUUCUCCUACGCCUUCCCUAAAGCAGUCAGUGUGUUCUUCAAAGAGCUCAUCAGGGAGUUCGAUGUCGGGUACAGCGACACGGCCUGGAUCUCCUCCAUCCUGCUGGCCAUGCUCUACGGCUCCGGUCCUCUGUGCAGUGUGCUGGUGAACCGCUUCGGCUGUCGUCCAGUGAUGUUGGUGGGAGGCAUCCUCGCUUCUCUGGGAAUGAUCCUGGCCUCCUUCUCCACCAGCAUUAUCCACAUCUACCUCUCUACUGGGGUCAUAACAGGUUUGGGGUUAGCCCUGAACUUCCAACCAUCGCUCAUUAUGCUAAACCGCUACUUCAGUGAGAAGCGUCCCCUGGCCAAUGGGCUCUCAGCAGCAGGAAGCCCUGUGGCCCUGUGCUGCCUCUCUCCACUGGGCCAGGUUCUCCAGUACCAGUACGGAUGGAGGGGGAGCUUCCUCAUCUUGGGUGGCAUUCUACUCAACUGUUGUGUGUGCGCGGCCCUGAUGCGGCCUUUGGUUGCUCCAAAGACGCUCAAGUCUAAGGAGCUGGAACAGGACAAUGAAGAAGAAGCAGAGAAGAAGAAGCCCAAAGCCAAAAUGCUGGACUUCUCUGUGUUCAAAGACCGGGGCUUUGUCAUCUACACCGUGGCGGCGUCCAUCAUGGUGCUGGGACUCUUUGUGCCGCCGGUGUUUGUCGUGAGCUAUGCUAAGGAGCUGGGGAAUGAGGACACCAAAUCAGCGCUUCUGCUCUCCAUCCUGGGCUUCAUUGACAUGUUUGCACGGCCCACAUGUGGUCUGAUAGCUGGAAUGAAAUGGGUGCGUCCUCGUUGCGUCUACCUCUUCAGCUUUGCUAUGAUCUUCAACGGAAUCACUGACCUCAUUGGAUCACAGGCCAACGACUACACAACGCUGGUGAUCUUCUGCAUCUUCUUUGGCCUCUCCUACGGCAUGGUGGGGGCCCUGCAGUUUGAGGUUCUCAUGGCAAUAGUUGGUACAGAGAAGUUCUCCAGUGCCAUUGGCCUGGUGCUGCUUAUGGAAGCCAUCGCUGUGCUAGUGGGGCCGCCUGCUGCAGGCCGGCUUCUUGAUGCCACCCAUAACUACAUGUGGAUCUUCCUGCUGGCAGGAUGCGAGGUGGUCCUGGCAGCUGUGGUCCUGGCUACAUGUAACUUCCUGUUUAUCAAGAAACAGCCCUCAGCAUCAGCAGACAAGCUUGAGAACAUCACAGUGACAGAGGAGUGCAGCAAAGGUCCAGACGUCAAUGACGAAGAAGAGAAGGGAGCAAGAGAGGAGCAAGAAAAGGAGACAAAGGAGGAGUUGAAGGAGAAAGAGGAAACAGACAAAGAGAAAGAAGAGAGGAUCAGGCCAGCAAGUUUAAUAGUGGACUCACAGGAAGUGGAAAAGUUCUUGAAAGAGCCAACACAAAAUGGAGACAUGGCCAACAGUCCUGAGACAAGCCUGUGAUUGGUCAUGCAGGGGGCCCAUACCUGUUUUAUAACCCCCCAACAGUGAACUUUGAACACUGUUAGAUAGUUGUGCUUUCCUUAAAUUGAGUGUUUAAUCCAGAUGUCAAUCAAAUCAAGUUUUAUUUAUAUAGCACAUUUAAAAGCGAUUUUUGGUCGAGCCAAAGUGCUGUACAUGUAAUAAAAACACUUUACUACAAUCACAAUAAAAGACAAUAAUUUACAACAGAAAUAUAAAAAACAAAAACACAGGGAGUAGUCAGGUGUCAUGCUCUGCUCUGACUAGAAGGCCAGAGAGAAUGGCUGUUUUAUCGCUACCACCGCCAUAAGAAAUAGUAAUAGUAAGAGUUACGUCAGCAAUAUUUCAUCACUAAAUGUUAUAAAUGUGGUGCAGCACUGGCUUGUGGAUACAGUUUUUAUCAAAAGUUUUAUUUUGAAUUAACCAGCAACUAAAGAUAUGGGUGAUUUUGAUGAUAUUCUGAAUUCAUAGUGUCAGCAAAUACCAUGAAAAGAGAUUAAUACAGUUGCUUAUGAGAUUUUAGCUGGAGAAAUAAUUGUAUUGUCUAUCUUCCCAGUUAAAUCAACAAUCGAUGUAUCUUACUGAACCCUGUUACAUUCAAAUGUGGAGCAGUUAUCCUCAUAUUAGAUAUAGAUUCAUGCGUGUUCAAAAGGUGACCGUCAAUAUGUGAACCUUUGUGAAAAGUUUGACAGACUCAGUGGCGAACCGUGUCUAUCACAACUGGACCUUCUGUCCACACACACACCCCCUGCCGCCGCAGCCGCCCCCCCCCCCCCCCCGCGGCAUUAUAAUGUCCGUCUUUUCA